UUGUUUUUAAAUAAAUAAGAAGAUUUCACUCCAUUUUAAUUUUUGAAUAAAAUAACCCAUUUCCAUAAUUUGACCAAGGGAAAAAAAAACAAAUUCCCUUUUGCUUUACCUUCGCCUUAGAAAUGAAAUGGGAUAUGGAGAUCGAGGAAAUCGAGGCGGUUCUAGAGAAAAUCUGGGACUUACACGACAAGCUCAGCGACGCCAUUCACUCAAUUUCGCGAGCUCACUUCCUUAACUCCAUCAAAGCCGUCAGAAAAUCCGACAACAAGAAGCUCGACAACAGCGUCGUCGGCGACGAUAACAGGUCAGGCUUCGUGUUCGUCAAGGACUUUCGAAUCGACGAUGGUGUCUCCGCAAUUCAAGAGGCCAAGAGUCUUAAUGCUAUCAGAACCGCGCUCGAGAAUCUCGAGGACCAGCUCGAGUUUUUCCACACGGUACAUAUACAGCAGCGGGCUGAGAGAGAUGCUGCCAUUGCACGAUUAGAACAAAGCAGGAUAAUUCUUGCGUUGAGAUUGGCUGAGCACCAUGGGAAGAAAUACAAAGUAAUUGAUGAAGCUCUAGCUUUUGUGGGAGAUGUACAUGAUGCUAGCCAUUUUGUUUCACCUGAAAACCUUUAUGGUACACCAGUUAGUCCAACUGGAGAAAAUCCUGUGUCACAUGAAGGGAAUUGCUCUAAAAUGCUAAUCCAAGUUCUUGUUUCUAGCUUCAACUUUGCAAAGAAAUCCAUGAAAUUUGAUCAUAUGGGUGGGAUACUAACCAAUGCGGCUUUAUUCGCAGUUAGCAUGAUAGCAAUGCUGCAUCUGCAUAAGGUUGCUUUUACAGAACAUCCAGAGAGACAAGAUCAUAUCAACGGCCUCAGAAAUGUGAGAAAGAAUUCUCAACUGGAAGGGGCUUCAUCCUAUGAUCAUUUGAGCCACUUAGACGUGUUUUUGGCCCGGGGUUAAGAUGAAGACAAAAAAUUUGGUUAGAAGUUUUUUAAACAUGGGAGGCCGUGCUGUUUUUCAAAUUUGAAGAAACUUUGCUGUCUUUCAGUUUCUCUCCACAGGAGUUUCAAGAUUUUCGCUGAGCAUGUUAGCAAAGAAUUGGUCCCUUUUUUAGAUACUGUUUUAGUAGGAGCUGUUGUCAAAAUGUUGAGCGCUCUUGCUGGUAUCGUUGUUGAGGCAUAUUCCUGUUACAAAUGAUAGUGAAGCAGGUAAUCCCAGUUUACAGAGUAUAUCUUUUCCUUACCUACACAAUUCUGUGUAUAUCCCUAUUAUUAAAUGAUGUUUUGUACGUAUAUGCCUGUCUAAUCUUGCUACUUAUUUUUACCAAUUAAUCUCCUUAAAGUCUCUCUUUCGUGUUUCUUUUCCACCUUAAUUUAUGAUUUAUGUUUGCUCUAGAAAUUCAUCCUAUUAUAACAAA